CGGGGGCGGGGCCUGCGGUGAUCCCAGGGCUCCGAGGCUGCGGAGCUCGCGGUGCGGAGCUGUCACUGCGGGGCUCACCGACAGACGGGCUGCCAGACCCAGGGAGGGGCCGGCGAGCGGCCGCGGGGCUGCAGCAGCUCCAGGAGGCCAGGCGCUGUCAGAGGGCAGGGUGUGUCUGAGCCCCUCUGCCCUGCCCCGCCCCAGCCUGAGCUGACUCGAGGACCAGCCGUCUACCACCUACUCCCGCUCUGCCUUCUCGCCUCCAGGCAUGGCGCCCCUGCUCGCCCUGUUCCUGGUGGCCCUGGUGGGCCUACCUGUGGCCCAGGCUCUGGACUGCCACGUGUGUGCCUACAAUGGAGAGAACUGUUUCAACCCCAUGCGCUGCCCAGCCACAGUCACCUACUGCAUGACCACACGCACCUACUACACCCCGACCAGGAUGAAGGUGAGCAAGUCAUGUGUGCCCAGCUGCUUCGAGACGGUGUAUGACGGCUACUCCAAGCAUGCGUCCACCACAUCCUGCUGUCAGUAUGACCUCUGUAACGGCGCGGGCCUCUCCAUGCUGGGGACCCUGGCCCUGGUCCCCAUACUUCUGGCUGCCCUCUGGGGUCUGCUCUAAGGCCCCACCCACCCACUCAAGGACAAAGCUCUGAGAGGCACAACCCCCACCUGACCCCCUAUCCCCCUUGAGAUUCCCAAAGCCACACCGAGGACCGUCUGCAAGACUGAACCUCCCCAGCUAACAGGGUCUUUGCUCCCAGGCCAAGAUCUUUCAUUUUCAAGAGACUGGUGUGUGGCUGUACCUCUCAGAGGUGUCUGGCCUUGAUAGGAGAGGUUGGCCCCUCCUCUGUCCAUAGACAGGGGCAUCUGGGAAAGUGUAGUGUUCAUGCAGGGUCCUCAGGCAGUGAAAGAACACGGAUCUGAAGGGAGCCUUGGCCCACUUCUGCAAGCCCUGGGAGCAGGGCCCUGCUCCAGUCUGCCCAGUGGGUGUUCUGCAGGGUAAAGGGAGAGUAGGGACCCACGAAGGUGCGGGUAGCCCUGGGAAGGGCUCUCCGGGGCCCUAGGAAGGCUCUCUUUGAGCCUCUGGUGAAGGCCAGGAGCUGCCCAGGGAAGAUGUGGCAUAGAGGGCCCGGUUAGGAAGGUCUUUGUCCCCUCAGCUGUCCGGGGAGCAGUGCCAGGCCCAUGUGUCCGGGCAGCCCUUGCCGGGGGAGAGAGGUCUCUUGGCCUAAAGAGGCUCCCGAGGCCUCUCCAGCUGGUUCAGGUCCUGGGAGGGGUCCUUUCUUUCCCCCUUUGCCAAAUCCUUGACCUCCCCCAGCCUGCUUUCCCCCCAACCCCCACUGGCACUGGGCUGGGGUGCAGGGCCUGAGGCAGCUGGCAGGCAUGUGGGCAACCAGUAGGCAGGCUAGCUAUAUUUGGUGGUGCCUGAACACUGACUCCAGGGCUAUUUUGGGCCGAGAAGGAAGGGAGCUGAGCCGUGGGCUGCGUCGGUCCUGGUCUUCAGCCCCAGCAGGGCCUGGCGGUGGAGCUCGGCCCUUUAUGGAGGGAGGCAAGCUGCAGCUCGGUGCCCUAGGGGCUGCACCCAUCCAAGUCAGAAGCAGGGUGGGUGGGGGGCUCUAUCCUUAAGCCAGAGCCGGUGCCCCUCGUGGACACUAGGGACUGCACUGGCCCACAGGAGGGCAAGAGGAGGCAGAGUCAGGAAUAGAGGAGGAGGAGAGGGAAGAGGGUCCUGGGGCAGAGUAGUUGUGGGCACGAGGAAGCCAGAUCCACCCUGAGCUCUCACACCCAAAGGAUCCUCAGGAGUGGGCAUCCUUGGGGAAGUGACUGGACUCCCCUACAGAGCCGGGUUGGGGCCAGUGCAGGCCUCAGGCUGUUGGCUGGGAGGGGGAGCAGAGGUCGGCACAUCUGGGCCUCCAGCCCCAGCUGCCCGUGACCUUCAACUCUGGGAAGCAGUCAUUACCCUGCUUAUAUGAGUUCUGUGUUCUGAGUCAGGUGGCAUCCUAGGCCAGAGCUGGCAGGAGCCACUGCACCAGGUACUUCCUGCCUCUCACUAGGUGGUGAUGGAGUAGAGCCCUGCUUGGCUGCCAGUGGGCUGGGGCCUGGCACACAGGAGGCCCGGAUGGAUAGGGAGUUGGGGGUGUGGAUGGGGUCGCUUCUCUUCUGUCCCACUUCCAAGGUCUAGGCACUUCUCUGCCCCUGCUGGUGGCUCAUGCAUGGGAACUGCCCUCAGGCCAUAGCCCCUGCCCUUGCUCAUGUUGUGCACCUCAGAGGAGCCCCAUCAGGGUCUCAUCAAAUGAAUAAAUAGGUGAAUAAA